AGAACGCCCUAUCGAACUGAAUACCGAUACCGAGAAUCCUCUCAGUUUGGGUGGGUGGCCUGACCAACUGAUAACAAUUCCUUCCCUCCCUCCCCCCUCCCUCACAGCCUUCACUUCCUCGCAAACAUUCCCCACACACUCAGUCGACUCGCCUCCAGCCGUGAACAAUGGAGAGCAUUGCCGUCGCCGCCGCCGAUCGCCUGACGAUUAUGGUCACCAACGACGACGGCAUCGACGCCCCUGGCCUCCAAGCCAUCGUCCGCGUCCUCGUCUCCUCCAACCGCUUCAACGUCCAAGUCUGCGCUCCCGAUUCGGAAAAAUCGGCUGUGAGUCAUAGUGUCACGUGGCGUCACCCUCUCCAAGCCAGGCGAGUAUACAUUGAUGGAGCAUCAGCAUUUGCAGUCUCGGGAACUCCGGCAGAUUGUGCUUCUUUGGGACUUUCCAAAGUGCUCUUUCCCACGAUAGCAGAUCUGGUGGUUAGUGGCAUUAACAUGGGUAGCAAUUGUGGAUAUCACAUAGUUUACUCCGGCACAGUGGCUGGUGCUCGUGAAGCCUUUUUCCAUGGGGUGCCUUCUAUCUCCUUGUCGUAUGAUUGGGUUGAAGGUAGGAGUAAUAUACAGGACUUCACACUGUCCGCUGAAGCCUGCUUACCGAUUAUCAGUGCUAUAUCAGCUGAAAUAAAGAGGAACAAUUAUCCCAAAAGUUCUUUCUUGAAUAUAGAUGUGCCAACAAAUGUUUCUAACCACAAGGGUUAUAAGAUGACUAAGCAGGGAAGGCGUAUAAUCCAGAUGGGUUGGAGGCAAGUAACUUCUAACGUGCAAGGGGGAAAAAUGUUAUCCACAAUGACAAUGGAUGUAGAUUCACCAGUGCAGACAGAGGCAAGCGCAUCGACUGUGUCACAGGACUAUCUUCUAUUCAACAGAGAAGUAAUAGGCGCCCAACUUGAUGACGAAGAUGCAGACCACUCAUUUCUCAAAAAAGGAUAUAUUACUGUCACUCCUCUUGGCGCCCUUUCCCCUGCAGCAGCAGACUUUGAGGCUUUCAUUAAAGAUUGGCUUCCACAUGCUACAUAAUACCUGUCGUCAACCUUGUAAUGAAUGGUACAUGCUGCUUGACUCUUACCCAGUCUUGAUUGGUCGAAUUCCAAACACGUAUUGCUCAAGUAAUAACAUAAGUCAGCAGGGCAUCAUUCUUAAGGCAGGUAACAAAUCUGGAUAUAUAGGUUUGACUGAUUUCCAUAGUAUGUGGUACAUCAGGAGAAUUCCAAUUUCUGCAACAACUGAACAGCUUAUCAAUAAACCAUGUAUGUCCAUUCUUCAUGAAGUUCGAUAUACGGCGUUCAAUUGGAUUGAACAUGCUGCUGCGCCCUCUUUGAAAACUUCAAUUAUUUGGUCAAUGUUAUGGUAUCGUUAGGAGAACCGGGUUUGUUGGCUCUGACAAGUUGAUGAUCCUCUGACCUAGGUUUUAUUUGUUGAUAUGGAUUAUUUAUGCCCUAAUUACACAUAACUAUCACGUUCGCUUUC